GGAAGCUACACUUAGCAAACUGGUCUAUGAUGUGCAUGAAGAAGGAGUUUGGGGGGCUAGGAAUACCUUGCCUCCAGGAUGUUAAUAUGUGCUUGCUCGGUGCCUGGAUUAAGAGAUUUGGUAUCUUAUUCUGAGCGUGCUCAAGUGGUCACUCCUAUUCAAGGAGUCGAUGUUGGUGGAGACGAACAGGUUCUGCAGUCACCUUUCUGGACAACUCCGAGAACCAGUCCGGCUGCCGUGGAAAUGAAGAAGGUUGUUGCUCUGGCCGCCUCGCAUUCAUUCAUCCCUGCUACGCCUGAGCUCAGAGCCCUGCUCGAAGAUGCUGUUGCUGACGGGUACUCCUUGCUCUCCAUCGCUGAUGCUGGUGCCUCCAAGGGUGCGUCUGCUGCUGAAGUUGGCGUGCUCUCUGCCUACCAAAUCCAAUUGAAGCUGCGCGAGACCCUGUCGUGAUUUCUGCCAGCGCCAGCUUCUGGUGGCCACUCCUAACUGCAUUUGUGUGUAGCUAGGCCCCUUUUGGCUCGACUGUAUUUCUCCAACUUUGAUGUGGUAUUUUUUUGUUUGCGCUAGACUUUUUACCGAACAUCUGGUUUCCAUUAUGCUUAAUGGAGCCGCGAGGCCUCCAGCCUCCUGUUAUUCUAAAAAAAUCGACCGACUCUUCCGUCUUAACUCUGGAUCAAGGUUCCUUCCAUCCAAUGGGAAUGAGGCGCGAAAGCAACAAACCAGCCUGGGGUCCAAGCUCGAUGGAAAAGAA